UCAAGCUACUCAUGUACUGAUCGUUGCUCUUGUAGCCUGCGGCGUUGUAGGAGUCGCCAUGGCUGGCGGGUUCUUUGGCGGCCACGGCGGUUGGUACGGUGGAGGACACGGCGGCGGCCACGGCGGUGGCGUCGUUGUGGUGAAAGGUGGCUUCGGCGGCCAUGGUGGCGGCUUCGGUGGACACGGAUUCGGCGUGCAGGCUCUUCAAGGUCCCACAUUCCUUGUCAAGACUGUUCACCAUGUUCACAAGCUCCACGGAGGUGGCGGCUACCUUGGCGGCUACGGUGGUGGCCACGGUGGUGGCUUCGGCGGUGGCUUCGGCGGCGGCUUCGGCGGUGGUCACGGCAAGGUCGUUCUUCUCGGUGGCCACGGACACGGAUGGCACGGUCGCUAA